CCUCGAGUAUAUGUUCAGCAACAUGCAGACCAGACUGGGGUAUCGUGUACUGGACAAUGCGCUCUGUGCAAAGGAGUAUGACUGGCAGUUCGAAUCCUUCCUCAACCGGCCGGAAGUACAGAAAGCUGUGCACGUGAGGCCAGGCAAGUACGCCAUGUUCGCGCCAAAAAUGCUCCGGAAAAUGGCGGCGGACUUCCUGUCUGGUGUGGGGGACGAGCUCUCUGUUCUCCUCGAUCACUACAAGGUACUGCAUCAACUAUAUGUUGUGCUGAGGAACGCCGGACACCGGGCAGCCAUUGACCAGCCGGUCUGGACACGGGAGAUGCUGGGACAUUUCAUCCGGAACACUUCAUUUGGACACCCAGACAACUCGCAGUUAGCUUGUUCUGAUGGCUGA